AUGAGAAGACUGAGGAUUAGAGAUUACUAUCGCACAACCUACCGCCUCACAAACUUGGAACCAGUUCCUCACGAACUGCGAUCCCAAACGCACGCUCACGCCCCGGACACCUACCCGGAAACCCACCCGCUUCCUCCUGUCCCCUGCCCCCAUGCACACAACGUGGGCGCUCUGCAAGCCCCAGGUGGCGAUUCCAGCCCUUUGAGCUUCCCAGCCCCUUCGCAGACCCCGAAAGACUCCCUGGUCAGCUUGAGGACACAGAAGCCCAGCAGACAAAGAGGACGAUGGCGAGCGGAGAGCCUGCGCCUGCGCACUGCUGGGGUGCGCUGCGCUCCCAGAGGUCUCUGCCAGCCUCGGCUCAGAGCCCGGCGGAGCCAACCGACGUCGGCCGGUCCUCUGCUUCUGCUCCUGUGGACUACAUUUCCCACAAGUUUCAGUGGUUCGAGUCAGCCUUUCCCGGGAACUUUCCUCCGCCUAGACCUUAAAGGACGGUCUCCGCCGUCGCGGCAAGAGCCAUCUUCCUGGCAUUCGACGGAGAGGAAAGCACUUAGUGGCAGUUCUGGUUCCAAGUUCAAUGAUCUUUUCAUGUUCUUGCAAAAAUAUGAAUGUUUGAUCAACAGCGUCCUCAAGUUUAUCAUCUUUUUGUAUAUCAAAGAAAAAGUAAGUGGUUCAUCUUUAUGUGACAAGAUCAAGUUUUAA